GGGAAGACGAGAAGCCGCCCUAUUGAGUGUGGCUUUAAAGAGUACGAGCAGGCCGUCAUGCUGAGUGUGACACAGGAGUGCCACGCGAGGCCCCACCUCUGUUCGGGUCAAGUGGACCGCAUCCGCUGCAGUUGAGAGCUGCUGAGUGUCCAGCCGUCAUGUCUGCGCCGUCUGUCAGUCUCGGCAUCGACCUGGGCACCACGUCUGUGAAGGCGGCAUUAGUGGAGGCCGCGCCCGGUGAACCCUCGGGGUUUGUUGUACUGGCGAGCUGUGCCCGGGCUACCCGGGCCGAGGCCGCAGCCCAGAUCGCGGCCGUCGGGCCCCAGGGCCAAGAGCAAGAUGUGGAGAGAAUCAUCCAAGCCCUACAUGAGUGCCUAGCUGCCCUUCCCCGGCAGCAGCUCCGGAAAGUCUGUGGCAUUGGAGUGUCAGGACAGAUGCAUGGAAUCAUGUUCUGGAAGACAGGCCAAGGCUGUGAAUGGACAGAGGGAGGAGUGAACCCCGUGUUUGAACCCAGAGCUGUGAGCCACCUGGUAACAUGGCAGGAUGGGCGGUGUAGCAGUGGGUUCCUGGCUUCUCUGCCCCGGCCACAGUCUCAUAUCAGUGUGGCCACAGGGUUUGGCUGUGCAACCAUCUUCUGGCUUUUGAAAAAUAGCCCAGAAUUCCUGAAGUCCUACAAUGCAGCUGGCACCAUCCAUGACUAUGUAGUCGCUAUGCUGUGUGGUUUGCCAAAACCCCUGAUGUCUGACCAGAACGCUGCUAGCUGGGGAUAUUUCAACACCCAGAGUCAAAGCUGGAACUUGGAGAUACUGAGAGCCUCAGGCUUUCCCAUCCAUCUGCUCCCAGACAUUAGGGAGCCUGGCAGUGUUGCUGGCAGAACUUCCCUUUCCUGGUUUGAAAUCCCCAAGGGGACACCAGUGGGCGUGGCUUUGGGUGACUUACAGUCUUCUGUCUACUCCUGUAUGGCACACAGAACAGAUGCAGUUCUCAACAUCAGCACUUCAGUUCAGCUGGCCGCCUCCAUGCCUUCGGGAUUCCAGCCAGUGCAGAUUCCAGACCCUGCAGCUCCCGUCGCUUACUUCCCGUACUUUGACAGGACCUACUUGGCGGUGGCGGCGUCUCUCAAUGGAGGCAAUGUGCUGGCCACGUUUGUCCACAUGCUGGUCCAGUGGAUGGCGGAUCUAGGGUUGGAGACCGAAGAGUCCACUGUGUAUUCACGGAUGAUCCAGGCAGCUACACAGCAAAAAGACACCUGCUUAACCAUCACACCAACAGUUUUGGGGGAGAGACACCUACCAGACCAGCUGGCUUCAGUGACCAGAAUCUCUUCUUCUGACCUCUCCUUGGGACAUGUGACUCGGGCCCUCUGUAGAGGCAUUGUACAGAACCUGCACUCAAUGCUUUCAUUUCACCAGCUCAAAGAGUGGGGUGUGGAGCGGGUGAUCGGGAGUGGGAGUGCGCUGUCCAGGAAUGAGGUGCUGAAGCAGGAGGUGCAGAGGGCUUUCCCUUUCCCAGUGUCAUUUGGGCAGGAUGCGGAUGCGGCGGUGGGGGCAGCUCUUGUCAUUCUCCAGAGAGACUUCAACCAGAAGGAACCUUAAGCAGCAAAAAUUUCACCUGAAGGAUAACUGCCAAUUUUUAUCAAGUCAAAAUUUCUGACAUGAUCUGGGGCCAUCCUUAAGCUCUGUUGGUAACUUUUAAACAAUGCCUGUGUGAGGAUACCAUCUGGAGUAAGAACCUACCUUUAGGAAACACUUUAUUAAUUUACCUAGAAGUUGCCACCCAGAUCCCAAAUCAGUUCCUCCUGAAAGAGACUCAACUGAGAGCUGGUUGCAAAUGUCAAUGUAGAAAAGGAAAGAAGAAGAAAAAGAGAGAAUGGAAGAAAAGGAACAGCAUCCUGGCCAGCAGACUCAUUUAUGAUUCACUUGUGAUUCAACUGUAGACAAAGAAAAAUAAACGUAAACUUCAGAUACUGAAAAUCUGGUGUCUGUGGACUCCAAGUAAGAAAAGAAGAACUGGGGAGUCGGGCUGUAGCGCAGCGGGUUAAGCGCAGGUGGCGCAAAGCCCAAGGACCGGCAUAAGGAUCCCGGUUCGAACCCCGGCUCCCCACCUGCAGGGGAGUUGCUUCACAGGCGGUGAAGCAGGUCUGCAGGUGUCUAUCUUUCUCUCCUCCUCUCUGUCUUCCCCUCCUCUCUCCAUUUCUCUCUGUCCUAUCCAACAACGAUGACAACAACAAUAAUAACUACAACAAUAAAACAACAAGGGCAACAAAAGGGAAUAAAUAAAUAAAAUAAAAUAUUAAAAAAAAAGUUAAAAAAAAAAAAAAGAAAAGAAGAACUGCUCCCACUCCACACUCAGCUUUUAGGUGGAUUAUUUUUAGGGACAUUAAGCCCAGGCUUGGGUCACAGGGUCUGUUAGAAAAGUCUUUUUUUUUUUUUUUUUUUUUUUUAAGUAAAUAGUAUCGUGUGGCUCUGAGGUCCCGUGGCCAAUCUUGUUUUCUCCUGGCCAUAUGUGAUGCUUAGCUUGGGUAAGGAAAGACCCAAGAUCCAGGAACCAGGCUGGCUCAGGGGAAGAGGAAGAGGAAGAUGCUGACCUGGCAUAUCUACUUUUUUUGCUUCCCAUCUCAAGGAGAGUCUGCUGCACUGGGACUGCGCGAGGCCCUCACAACACAACUGACUUGAAGGCAUAUAAUAGUGAAGAGAAGGUGGGUGGCAUGACCGGCAAGGAGGCUGCCACCAUUCACGCACGUUGUUCCCAAGAGUCUGACCAGGUCCCAGCAGGAGCCUUUUUCAAGUGUGCUUGCAACAUGUUUUUGCUCCACAUCCCUGGAAAGACUUCCAAGGGAAGGAAUACAGUCAGAAAUGUUUCUACCAGAGGGGAUGGCCCAUCUAAUUAGAGAAGACACAUUAUCCCCAGCUCUUCUUUCAGUUGGUGUGGGCCUAGCUGGUACAUCUGGCAUUCCUGGUGUGCCGAAAAAGCCUCAUUUGAGCCCAUUUUUCCUCAAGUGACCCUAGGCAUGACCAAGGAAUGGCUUGCAGGAAGGAGUCACCACCAUUGCAAGUGCUUCUAGACUCCUGAGGGAGAUCCCAGGCACAGGCAGGCCUGACUCCAAGGCACCUGGACAAGCCAUGGCUAUUGGGGAAGCAGGUUUUUAAAAAUUUUUAAUAAAUUAUCAAGAUUAUCAAAAACGUUUUGAUUAACAUACCUGAUUUUACUGAUUAAAUUUCAGAUGCCAAAGAUC